AUGCAAAACGUCAAAGUCGUAUACCAAGAUGUUUUUGAAGGUCUUGGCACCUUAGGUCCAGCACUGCAUCUUCAAGUUGAUCCUCAAAUGUUGCCUGUCCAACUCCCACCAAGAAAAAUCCGAGAAUCGCUGAAGCAACCGUUGCGAGAACAUUUGGACGAACUUGUCAAGCUUGAGGUCAUAGAACGAGUUGACUAUCCAACAGACUGGGUCAGUGCAAUUGUUGUUGCACCAAAACCCAAUGGAAAAAUUCGAUUAUGCCUCGAUCCCAGACCACUCAAUAAAGCGCUGAAACGAUGCCACCAUCCAAUACCGACAAAUGACGACGUACUUCCAGAACUGUCCAAUGCAAAAGUCUUUACCAAAGUCGACUGUAGCAACGGAUAUUGGCAAAGUAGAAUUAGACGAAGAGUCGUCUCCUUUAACGACGUUCAACACUCCAUUUGGACGAUUUAA